UACGUCUCCAGUCGAGAAAAUUCUUGAGCAAUUUCUUUUAGUCAAGUCCUGCCGUUGAUUAGCAGAAAUGAAGAAUCUGGUUGAGGAGCAUGUGAUUGGAAUUCCAGUAACCACAGAAACAACAUACCAAGUUGUUAAGUCACCCAGCUGCAGAGGCUACUUGCCUGGACUUGAUGGUUCUUCCACAUUCAAACAUAGAAAAAUUGAUUAUCUGCUUAGAAGUGUAAAUGAACUAGGGAAGAAAGCAGAAAGUUUUGCAGCUGGAGUCCGAGAGCAUGUGAGACUGGCACCAAAGAUAACAGAAACAGUAAAAGGAAAGCUGAGUUUGGGUGCUAGAAUUCUCCAAGUAGGAGGCAUGAAGAAGAUUUUCAGAAAGUUAUUCAAUGUCAAAGAUGGUGAGAAACUGUUGAAGGCUUCACAAUGCUAUUUAUCAACAACAGCAGGUCCUAUUGCAGGCCUCCUCUUUAUCUCCACAGACAAGAUUGCCUUCUCUAGUGAGAGAUUAAUCAAAUUCUCUACUCCGAACGGAGAAUCUAUCCGACUCCAUUACAAGGUCGUGAUUCCGGUUGCAAAGAUCAAAGGAAUCAACCAGAGUGAGAACAUGAAGAAUCCAUCACAAAAGUACAUAGAAGUAGUUACUGUGGACGAUUUCGACUUCUGGUUGAUGGGUUUCUUGAACUAUAAGAAAACAUUUAAGCAUCUUCAGCAAGCUAUCUCCAGAAGCCAAGUUGAUUUACAAGUCAAUUAUCAAAAAAGAGUCGAUUGAAAGUGAUUUAGAAAUAUGUUUGUUUUCUUGCAAGUGAGCCGUUGGUUGAACGACAAUCACAAUUCAUGUAAGGGAUCACCCAUCCAUUAGGUCGUGAGUUUGAACCCUACCCCUCCCCAAACCCCCGUUUCAAAAAAAAAAUAAAAAAUGUUUGCUUUCCUAAUUUGUA